AUGAGGGCGGACGUGGCCUGGCGCCCUGACAACGCACCGAAAUGGUCAACCCUGGUACUGCUGGCUCUCAUGGGCACAGCCGUGACAGUGGCCACCAACCCUGGCUUCAUGGCCAGGAUCUCUCAGAAGGGCCUGGACUUCGCCUGCAUUCAGGGAGUGGCCGUGCUGCAGAAGGCACUGGAGGACAUCCACAUUCCCAACUUCUCUGGAAUCUUUAAGGUCAAGCAUCUUGGCAAAGGCCAGUACAACUUCUACAGUAUCACUGUGGAUAGAUUCCAGCUUCCCCGUCCCCAGGUCAAACUGCAGCCCAACAAUGGCCUCCAGAUGUCCAUCCACAAUGCCAGCAUCAGGAUCAGUGGGAAAUGGAAGGCGAAGAAGAACUUCCUCAAAGCUGGUGGCAUGUUUGGCCUGAACAUUGAAGGUGUCUCCAUCUCAGCGGAGCUGAAGCUGGGCAGGAAGCCCUCCACAGGCUACAUCACAGUCACCUGCUCGCGCUGCAUCAACCACAUCGACAGUGUCCACCUGCGCAUCUCAGGCAGCAAACUGGGGUGGCUGAUCCGUCUCUUCCACAAUAAAAUCGAGUCUUCACUGCGAAACAUCAUCCAUAACAAGAUCUGCAAGAUUGUGACCAAGUCUGUGUCCUCUAAGCUGCAGCCUUAUGUCCAGACUCUGCCAGUGACAGCCAAAGUUGACGCUGUGGCCGGGAUCGACUAUCAUCUGGUGGCGCCUGUCACAGUCACGGAAGAGGGUGUGGAUGGCCAGAUGAAGGGGGAGUUCUUCAGUCUGGCCGAGCGAAGUCCACCUCCCUUCUCCCCGCCGGCCAUGGCGUUUCCCUCCAACCGCAGCAGCAUGGUGUACCUGGGCAUCUCCGACUACUACUUCAACACAGCUGGGCGUGUCUACCUCCAGGCCGGAGUCCUGAACAUGGACGUCAGAGACCACAUGAUGCCAAGCAGAUCCAAAUUCCGACUGACGACCAAAUUCCUCGGGACCUUUCUGCCUGAGGUGGCCCAGAGGUUCCCCAACAUGAAGGUGCAUCUCCUGAUGUCGGUCUCCUCGCCUCUGCUCCUGACCGUCCAGCCCUCCGGCCUUGCACUCGCCCCCAUCCUGGAGGCGCAGGCCUUUGCUGUUCUCCACAACUCCUCUCUGGCCCCCCUCUUCCUGCUUGGCGUGAGGACCAAUGCCUCACUAGAAGUUGGCACCAAGUCUAACAGGCUUAUUGGAGAGCUGAAGCUGGACAGACUGCUCCUGGAGCUCAAGCACUCGGAUAUCGGCACCUUCCGGGUGCAGUUAUUGCAGAAGUUCAUGGACUACCUCGUGCCCACAGUGGUUCUGCCCAAGGUCAAUGAGAGGCUACUGCGAGGUGUCCCUCUUCCCCUGCCCGCUGGGGCCUAUCUCUACAACAUGGUGAUUCAGUCUUAUCAGGAUUUCCUGCUGCUCGGAGCAGAUGUUCACCGAGACUGAGGUCUGCACGCUGCCAGGGGCACUUGCUCCCGAGGGACCGUGGCACUCAGCAGCCGCCAUGUUGCCUUGCUCGAGGAGUCCUCGCCAGACCUUGACCCAGAGCCCCUAGCACACUUCCUUGAGCUUGGCUCCAGAAAUAACCCAAACAUGAGGAAGUUAAGUUGCUCACUGGGAAAGUAGGAGGUUCAUGUGCCAGGGCCAAACUCUCGCAAUGUGCGGUCCCUCCAGAGAUUGUAUUUCACCUGGAACCACGCCAUGUCUCUUUGUGCUUCACAAAAAUAGCUGUAUAUUUUC